GAUGGCUACGGCAACGUCUAACCCUUACCUGGCCACCAACAGCAUCCUGUCGGCGGGCUCCAUCGUGCACUCGGACGGCGGCGGCAUGCAGCCGGGCAGCGUGGCCGUCACGUCGGUGUCGGGCGGCGGCUACCGCGGGGACCCUUCAUCCGUCAAGAUGGUCCAGAGCGACUUCAUGCAGGGCGCCAUGGCGGCCAGCAACGGCGGCCACAUGCUGAGCCACGCGCACCAGUGGGUCACCGCGCUGCCCCACGCCGCCGCCGCAGCAGCAGCUGCCGCCGCCGCCGCCGUGGAAGCCGGCUCUCCCUGGGCCAGCAGCCCGGUCGGCAUGACGGGGAGCCCGCAGCAGCAGCAGCAACAGCAACAGCAGCAACAGGAGGGCGGCGGCGGCGGGCGGGACGACCUGCAUUCGGGCGCGGCGCUGCACCACCGGCCGCCGCACCUGGGCCCGCCGCACCAGGGCCACUGGGGCGCCGGCGCGCACCUGCCUUCCAUGGCCAGCCAGCAGCAGCAGCAGCCUCUGCUGUACUCGCAGCCCGGCGGCUUCACUGUCAACGGCAUGCUGAGCCCUCCGCCGGGCAGCCAGAGCCUGGUGCACCGGGCCUUGGUGCGGGGGGACACGCCCGAGCUGGGGGAGCACCCCGGGCAUCACCAUCACCACCAUCACCACCCGCACUCGCACCCGCACCACGGGGGAGGCGGCGGGGGAGGCGGAGGCGGGGGAGGCGGAGGCGGCCUGAACAGCCACGACCCGCACUCGGACGAGGACACGCCGACCUCGGACGACCUGGAGCAGUUCGCCAAGCAGGCCAAGCAGUUCAAGCAGCGCGGAAUCAAGCUGGGCUUCACGCAGGCCGAAGUGGGCUUGGCGCUGGGCACCCUGUACGGCAACGUGUUCUCGCAGACCACCAUCUGCCGCUUCGAGGCUCUGCAGCUGAGCUUCAAGAACAUGUGCAAGCUGAAACCUUUGUUGAACAAGUGGCUCGAGGAAGCCGACUCGUCCACGGGCAGCCCCACCAGCAUCGACAAGAUCGCGGCUCAGGGCCGCAAGAGGAAGAAGCGGACCUCCAUCGAGGUGAGUGUCAAGGGGGCCUUGGAGAGCCACUUCUUGAAAUGCCCCAAGCCCUCGGCGCAGGAGAUUACGAACCUAGCGGACAGCCUGCAGCUGAGAGAGGAGGUGGUCAGGGUUUGGUUUUGCAACCGCAGGCAGAAAGAGAAGCGCAUGACCCCCCCGGGGAUCCAGCAGCAGACGCCCGACGACGUCUACUCGCAGGUCGGCAACGUGAACUCCGAUACGCCGCCGCCACACCACGGACUCCAGGCGAGCGUGCAGUGA